GAAUUUGAAGACAUUGACAACGAACCCUUUCAGUUUGAUGGACGUCCUUAUCUUUUCGAGCCGGAGGAAGUCAGUCACGAUUGAGACAUGGCCAUGUUCUUGCUUUUCAGCUGUUUUGCUCUUGUGGCCUCCUCACUGGGGUGUGGAGUACCUGCUAUCAGACCUGAAGUGAGCGGAUACAACAAGAUUGUAAAUGGGCAGAACGCUGUGCCUGGGUCCUGGCCCUGGCAGGUUUCACUUCAGGAUGGUAGAGGGUUCCAUUUCUGUGGUGGAUCCCUGAUCAGCCAGUACUGGGUUGUCACUGCUGCUCACUGCCGUGUGUCUCCUAGAAGCCACCGUGUUAUCCUGGGAGAACAUGAUCGCCAGUCCAACAGUGAGCAAAUUCAGGUCAAGUCAAUUGCCAGGGCCAUCAGUCACCCUUACUACAACUCCCAGAACUUCAACAAUGACAUCACCCUUCUGAAGCUGUCUUCCCCAGUGCAGUUGACUUCCCGUGUGUCUCCUGUGUGCCUGGCUUCCUCCAGCACCAGCAUCCCCUCAAGCCCCCGCUACCUUCAGCAGACAGCUCUGCCUAUGCUCAGCCCUGCUCAGUGCAGGCAGUACUGGGGUCAGAACAGAAUCACUGAUGCCAUGAUCUGUGCUGGUGCUUCUGGAGUGUCCUCCUGUCAGGGUGACUCUGGUGGCCCUCUGGUUUGCGAGAACAGUGGAGUGUGGUCCCUUGUGGGUAUUGUUUCCUGGGGCACCUCUAACUGCAACGUGCGCGCCCCCGCCGUGUAUGCCCGUGUGUCCUACCUGCGCAGAUGGGUCGACCAGACUGUUGCUUCCAACUAAUGCGCAAACACACACAAAGUCUGCAGUAUGCACGUGCUUGCA